AUGGACGUUCGCCAAGUGCCUGUCAUCGACAUUGGAGCCCUCGUGGUGUACCCCUCCGACGCUGAAGUUGACGCCACUCUGCAGGACACCAACAGUCCUGCACUGCGUGGUAUCAUCACCAGCGUCCGAGCUGCUGCAAGCGAGUGGGGGUUCUUCUACAUCGCCAACGACGGACUACCGCACGAAGAGGUGGAGAAGUUUAAAGACGCGAUGAGGUUGUUCUUCCGUCUGCUAGCGGAGACCAAGCGCGCCAUCCUACGUCAUGCCACCAACCGCGGCUACGUCCAGAGUGAGCUCACCAAGAACAAAACGGACUGA